AUGGAUAAAAAGCAUGAAGUAAUUUGGCAUGCUGUGAGAAGAUGGAUUUCAAACAAAGGUGAAAAGAUUGGAUCAGAAUUAAUGGAGGCUUUGCAUUUUGGAGAGUUUCCGUAUAAAUUUUUACUCACAGAUCUUCUAAAUGAUUGUUUGGUAGAAAGUUCUUCAGAUGCGAAAAGUUUUGUCGUCAAAAUAUUGCUUUCGAAUAUCGAUGGGUUGAAAGAGAAUUUGUCUCUCGACACUUUAUUCGUUUUGAGGAAGAUUAAUCAGAUCAAAAGUAAAGUUUGCUCAGAAAAUGUCAGAAAUAUAAUCAAUGAAUUUAUGGCUCAGAAUUUUGAACAGAUUGUACAGAUGGAUGAAUUUAUUGAGUUGGAAAAAGAUGAAGUUUUUUUCUUGUUCAAAUCUCCGGAAACAAAAUAUUCUUCAGAGAAAAUUAAAUGGGAAGCUGCACUGAAAUGGGCCAAACAAAGUCGUCGUCAUCAGAAAGUUUUUCCAGACUUGCUCGAGUUGAUGAAACUUCAGGAAUUUUCUGAUGAUUUUAUUAAACAAACAGUCAGGAAUGAACCUUUGGUUAAAGAGUCGCAUAAGUGUAAAGAUUUAUUGCUUGAUGCUUAUUCCAGAGCUCGGACUGGGAAACUCGGACUUGUCCCACAUAUUGCUGUCUCAACAAAGACUGGUAUAAGGGCUCUGAAUCUCCAAACAAAUCAAUGGUCUAGUUUGCAUUCAGAUUAUGAUGUUGGCUUUCACCUUGUCAAUGGUGAGAGACGAUUGUAUGCUUCAGAUGGGAAUGAAUUGUCUUUGCUACAAGAUGGUCGAUGGAUUAAGAGGGCCAAGGUUGAAAGGCAGAGUACGAUAAGAUACGAUAACAUGGUUUAUCUCAAGGGUGGGAUUUAUAUUAUCAGCUGUGAUGAGCAUACAGUGCGAUAUGACAUAGCCAAAGACAGAUGGGAUAAGAAUUUGCCUUUAUGUGAUCUUGGUGAUGGUUUUUGUGCUGCUGCCUCUGGUGAGUUCAUAUAUGCAAUGGGUGGUCGUUCAACACGAAGAGAAGCAAUAAUAUACGAUCCUGGAACAAAAGAAUGGUCUUCUCUGCCACAGAUGAUUUAUGCGGCAUAUGGUAGUGCAGCAGUCGUUUUUCAAAAAAUUGCAAAUAUGAAGAUGAGUAGAGGUUGGUUCAGUGCAUGUGUUGUUGAUAAUAAAAUGUAUGCAGUCGGUGGUGCUGGAGGUCUGACUAAGGAUUCUAUUGAAACAUUCAAUGAAGAAACUGGUGAAUGGAAAAUAGUCUGUGAAAUGGAUCGGCCUGAGGUGGACUGGGUUUAUUGCUGUUGCUUUACUCAAUAA